UCAAAUCAACAGCUCUCGGCUUCUCGGCUAUGAUUUACACGGGUAAAGGCAUCUAAAAAAUCCAUGUGAUGAAACCGACGAGUAACAGUGAUAACGGCAACUGUGUAACGAAAUAAUCGAAUCAUGCAGUGUUCUAAUGUUAGAGAAUUGAUGAAAUCGGACUGUGAGACAAGUGACUAUUGUGAAAAAAAGGAAAAAUAUGUUCUACAAUGGUGCGAAAAAUGUGUUUAUAUUUCUAGAAAUAUUGUACCCAGUAAAGGACUUUUUGUGCUCGUUUCUAGUGAUUGCUACGUACUGAACUCCAUAAAGUAAGGCAACAAUUUGAUCCAGCUUUCACCGCGUCACCGUAGAAAGCAAGACCGGUCCAGCUAAACCAUUAUUGUGAUAGUUUUAACGCUCAGCUUUUAAAAUCGGACUAUAAUGCCCAAUUCUUUACUAAAUACCGGAGAUGACGAUCGUGAGAAGUUCAUCAAUUGGCCCUACCAAAAUGACUCCAAGAGUGAACUGCCGAUGGAUAUGCAGUUUAAUUCCGGACACUUACUGCAAAUAGUCGUGUAUAGUGUUCUGAUGGUCAUUUCGGCAAUUGGAAACAUAACAGUUCUAACACUGCUAAUAAAACGUCGCAUGAAGUCACAUUCUCGGAUAGAUAUGAUGUUGAUGCAUUUAGCAAUAGCAGACUUAAUGGUGACAUUUCUAAUGAUGCCAUUGGAAAUCGCGUGGGCGUAUACAGUCCGGUGGAUGGCCGGCGAUAUCAUGUGUCGGUUGAUGGCCUUUUUCCGAACAUUCGGUCUCUACCUAUCUAGUUUCGUGCUCGUUUGCAUAUCAGUCGACAGAUACUUUGCCGUUCUUCAGCCUUUGAAGCUAUCGAAAAGCAGAGGGAAAAUUAUGAUAACAAUUGCUUGGGCCUUAUCCUUCCUAUGUAGUGUUCCACAGACUAUCAUCUUCCAUGUUGCUCAUCAUCCUGAUGUCACUUGGUAUGAGCAGUGCGUCACAGACAACAUAAUAGAGAACGAUAAUUAUAUUAUCGUAUAUAAUAUUAUCGUCAUGAUGUUUAUGUACACAUUCCCACUUUUAACCAUCAUUUGUUCAUACGGUUCAAUCUACAUGGAAAUAUUCCGGCAUACACGAAGGCCCAACUCUGAGGGAUUUCGCAGAUCCAGUAUCGAUGUUCUAGGGAGAGCCAAGCGCAGAACUUUAAAAAUGACCAUCACUAUAGUGAUGGUAUUCAUCGUUUGCUGGACACCGUAUUAUGUUAUGUCAAUAUGGUAUUGGCUCGACAAAAAAUCAGCAUCGAGCGUUGAUCAACGUGUUCAAAAAGGACUCUUCCUGUUUGCUUGCACCAACAGCUGUAUGAAUCCUAUUGUUUAUGGAGUAUACAAUAUCAAAAUACGCAAAACUCGCAAAACGGAGACUGAUCAGUGUUCGGUUGUACUACGUAACACCGCAAAAUAUACCCGUCAUUCGGAAUCUCUCCGGUCAUCCAAUGGUAGAGGACAUAGAACUAUCAGCGUUGCCUGUGACGUCAAAACUAUUUAAAUACAUUUCCUGGACAAAAACAAGUCUUCCACACAUUUGUUUCGCUUUAAUUUCUCUUUUUCCCGAAAAGGAAUCCACCUACCUAACCUAACCUAAGGGUUCGGUGCCGAUUCUCCGAAGUAUAGGGCCAAGAUAAAAGAUGUUGGCGAUCCGGAACCAGCGUCUACACUUGCUACCAGCCAAGGCUUUCAUCAACUGUGCGGAUUUCAGCGGCUAAACUACGCGGCCAGUAGCUUCAGUGGCUGCUUCUUCUUCGAUGCCUAUCAGGAUUCCAGUAUAAGAAGAAAAAGAUAAAUUAUUGGCUUAAAAGGAAAAGAAGAUUGAAGUUUCUUCUUCCUUUUUUGCUUUUUUGCUCCGGCUAGCUCAUUUAAUUUAGCCAAAGAAGAUUUCGGAACAGUUU